UAGUAUAUAAAGCUAGUAAGGAGACUUUUUGUUGAUUUCUAUUUUGAAACAAGUUGUGGUGUUAAGGUUGUUUUAUAGCUGGAAAAAAAUUGCACAAUGAGGGAGUGUAUUUCUGUUCAUAUUGGGCAAGCUGGAGUCCAGAUGGGAAAUUCAUGCUGGGAACUCUAUUGCUUGGAGCAUGGAAUCAGACCAGAUGGGACGAUUUCAAGUGAAAAAUCAGCAGAGCAAGGAGAUUCCUUUGGAACAUUCUUCAGUGAAACUGGAUCUGGAAAAUAUGUUCCAAGAGCCCUCUUUGUAGACCUUGAGCCUACAGUCAUUGAUGAGAUUAGAAAUGGCAGUUAUCGCUCCCUGUACCAUCCUGAACAGCUAAUAUCUGGGAAAGAAGAUGCAGCCAACAACUAUGCUCGUGGGCAUUAUACUAUUGGAAAAGAGACCAUUGACCCUGUUCUGGACCGUAUACGCAAAAUGGCUGACCAGUGCAGUGGACUACAAGGCUUUCUAGUCUUUCACAGCUUUGGAGGUGGUACUGGUUCUGGAUUUACAUCACUGUUAAUGGAACGAUUGUCUGUCGACUAUGGAAAGAAAUCAAAGUUGGAGUUUUCAAUCUAUCCUGCACCAAGAAUUGCGAGUGCAGUGGUGGAACCAUACAAUUCUAUCCUGACCACUCAUACAACUCUUGAGCACUCAGACUGUGCCUUUAUGGUGGACAAUGAGGCAAUUUAUGAGAUCUGCAACCGUAACCUGAGUGUUGAACGUCCAACCUACACUAACUUGAACAGGUUAAUUGCACAAGUUGUAUCCUCUAUCACUGCCUCCUUGAGAUUUGAUGGUGCCUUAAAUGUUGACCUGACUGAAUUCCAGACCAACCUGGUGCCUUACCCCAGAAUUCACUUUCCUCUGACCACAUAUGCACCAAUAGUCUCUGCAGAAAAGGCAUAUCAUGAACAGCUUUCUGUGUCAGAGAUUACCAAUGCAUGCUUUGAAUCUGCAAAUCAGAUGGUGAAAUGUGAUCCUAGAAGAGGUAAAUACAUGGCUUGCUGCCUGUUGUACCGUGGUGAUGUUGUGCCGAAGGAUGUGAAUGCUGCCAUUGCUUCAAUAAAAACUAGGCGCACUAUCCAGUUUGUAGACUGGUGUCCCACUGGGUUUAAAGUGGGCAUCAACUACCAGCCUCCAACAGUAGUGCCAGGUGGUGACCUAGCUAAAGUACAACGUGCAGUUUGCAUGCUGAGCAAUACUACCGCCAUUGCAGAGGCCUGGAGCAGAUUGAAUCAUAAGUUUGACUUGAUGUAUGCAAAGAGGGCCUUUGUGCAUUGGUAUGUUGGAGAGGGAAUGGAAGAGGGGGAGUUCUCUGAAGCUAGGGAAGACCUGGCUGCUCUUGAGAAAGAUUACGAAGAAGUUGGAUCAGAUUCUGUCGAUGCUUGUGAUGAUGAGGAUGAGUACUGAGUGCAGUUUUAGCAUAAUUAUAGCACUUGGUGAAUACAAUGUAUUAUCUUAACACUUGGUGACCUGAAAAAUUUAUUUGGACUGUUGUAAUGAUUGUAGCUGAAUUGCAUAUUAAGAAUGCAUAAUAAAUAAAAGCACAGAAAAGUGACCUGAAAUUUA